UUCCGUGACAAGGACGUGACAAGCGGAAAGACUUCCCCGUACUCUACGAAAUGUGCAGAUAAACAUGUAGCUUACUAUUUCCUUUCACGAAAUGGCGUCUGCGCAGGACGAAGGUUGCUUGAGUCAUUACAGAAAAUUGCUGAUCGAAUUAUCAUUAGAUCUUUCCAGCAAAGACUUAGAGAUGCUAACAUAUGCUGCUGUAGAUUUCAUUCCUCGCGGACGAAUCGAAAACAUUCGUACAGGAUUACAGUUCUUUGACGUUCUCGAACAAGACAUCAGAAUUGGUCCGCGAAAUAUGUCCCUUCUACAGGAUAUGUUUCAAACGAUUGGUAGAGUAGAUCUGGCACGAAGAAUACAGUCUUAUUUAACAGGAUCGGUCAAAGUUGAGAGUGAUGGUAAAAGAGAUACCGUGACUACUGAUGGGGGUGGUGAUAAUACAGACAACCAUCCUGCUAUUCCAGAAAACAGCGACACAAGCCAAGCGGAACCUGUUCAAGUAGCUAAAAGUACAGAGUUGACAUCUUCUGUCCAACUAGUUCGUCAGCCAUUGUCGCGCAGUGCUGCAGAUUCUGAUAGUACUCCUGCGAUCUACAGUGCCCGCGGUGGAGAGGAGCGAACUCCACAACUUGGUCAGUGUCUAGCUGUAAUGCGCAAUGAUAUUUCAUCAUCUGCUGGAAAUAAUCAAGGUCCCUCGUCAGGAUUAAUGAACCCAGCCCCUGCACCUUCACACGCGGCGGGACAGCACCGUGGGGCUCAGGCCCUCUCAUCCGGCCGGGUCCAACAUGAUCCUUCUGUCGGUCCAGCGCCCGUGCGAUAUGUCAACUUUUUGGCUUGCGGGGGCUACACCGUGGAAAUAAUAGGCGGGAAACAUUUCAAGACCCCUGAAGGAGAGUUUGUGGAAUUGAAGAGCGGAACGCAAUACAAGAUACAUGUUAAAAACACUCAUGCCUACGGUUGCCAUUUGGAUAUAUCCAUUGAUGGUUAUGAUGUAGGAGGGUGGACUGUUGAUGGAGAGCAAGAGUUAUCGAUAGAGAGACCAGUUAAAGAGGCUAAGAAAUUCACCUUCUAUCGCGUUAAAACGGCGCCAAGAGAAGCAGGCAUCGAGUCGGGCCGUUCCGAAAAUGGUGUUGUGAAGUGCGUGUUCACACCAGAAGCGUUCCUGAAUAUACCAGUUGUUAUUUCUUAUUCGCCGCAGCCAUUGGAUAUGAAUAUGCCUCCAUCCGCGACAGUUGGUGACCUAAAACGUGAAGUACAAACCAAGUUGAAUCAAGGACUCGACCCGGAUCAAGUUCUUGUUCUAGACAACCAGGUGCUAUCAAAUUUCACGCGUCUAAGAAAUUUGCUUGAACAAGCUUCGGGAAAUCUGAGAUUACUUGAUGCGGAAAUGCAGAUUACAGUCAAGACAUCCUCACGUAAAACCUUUUCUGUGAAGUUAAAUCCGGGCAAGGCAAAGGUCCAUGAUCUAAUGGAACAGAUAGAAAGAGAGCUCGGUGUCCCCUCUGGGGACCAAAAGCUCUACCUUGGAAGUGCCCUCCUUUCAGAUGCACCAUGGAAAGGCCUUCCUCGAAAACUCAUUUGCAAUCCACAGCCGACUGUAGAUGUUAAGGUCCCAGAGUAUAUUGACAUCACAGUAGAAGAUCAAAAUGGCGAUUCACAUACCGUGAAGAUAGAUAAAGAAAAAAGCCUGACAGCGCUCAUGGAAGAAAUACCUUUAUGUAGCUCCCUGCAAGAAAACGAAGAAGCCAUAUUCUUCUUCAAUGGAAAGCCACUGCGUCCUUCCAAAGAUGAAGGAACCUUAACAAGCCAUGGUCUCUGCUCUGGAUCAAAGCUGGAGUUGAAAGUGAAUGUUGCCUUUCUUGAGAUAUUUGUCGACGUCUGGUUUUCGAACUACGCAAUCGGUCUCAGAUGCAGUCCUGAAGAAACAUUCAAGGAUUUGGUGAAAAAGGUUGAAAUGGAGGGCAGAAACAGAAAUCUGGAGAAAGUUACAUUUGCAAUGGACGGGAGAGUUUUUGAUCCGGAAAAAGACAAAGGCCGUCUGCAAGAUUACGGAGUUAAGCAUCGCUCUCAACUUCAGAUGAGAUUGGUCAGACCUACCCCCGAGGUUAAUACUGGUGGUGAUUCUAAAAUUCCUCUUGAAGCCGACGUCUCAGAGUCUGUAAAGGAGUUUGGUUAUCAAUUAGGAAAGGUACUUGAACUCCAACAAAUGGCAGAGUCUCUUGCUCAAUGUUCUGACCAUUUUAUCCAAGAGGUCCGCUCUGUGAAAGGAACAAAAGAGAAAAAAUCAUUUCUGAGUGCUAUAAAGAGAAAGUUCAGGCCUGGCCAUGCUGGCAAGCAUGAGAAGAUAAUUCAUCAAAGCGGGGGAAUGAUUGCUCAUGGGCCCCCUCCUCCACCUCCUCCUCCAAGUGAAACUGCUCCUGUUGGACCUGCAGGUAUUAUGGUCAGGCAUCAACAAUGUGGCGACCUCGAUGAGGAUGGUCACGAAGAUGAAUCUUCCCAAGAUGAAUGGGAAGAAUAUGAGACGCACGGAAUACUGGAAUCAGCUGGGCAAGAAAUUGGUCGUGUCACUGAACCCGAUCCAGCCUGGAGAGCGGGAGGGACAACAUUACAAGGCUACAGUACACAACAGUUCAUGACUGCUGAACCAAUCAAAGUGGAUCCUUCAAGGAAGGUUGAACUGGUGCUCAGGCUUGUGGCAAGGGAAGACGAGGAAGAUUUAAUAUUUCCCAAAGAUGAGUGCAAACCGCUGUCCACUCUGUAUCCGCCAGCUGUUCCAGAAUAG